AUGUCGAAGAAACGAAAAACUCUUGAAGGAUCACCGGUCUCAGAAACCUCGCCAUCUUUCGACGCUGGCGAUCAAGGUCUGACUGAUGAUAAAGUAAAGUCGUAUUUAUCCCUUCAUUCAAAUGUACUUGAUGACUAUGUAGCAGAAAAUGUCACUACUGAAACAGUGGAAAGAUGGCUGAUGAAAAAACAGAGCAAGCAAGAUGGUGAGAUGUUCCAGCUAUUAGCAGCCUCUACUGCAGAUGCACUGGCAGCAGAUCUUUCUGGGGAUAAAGCCAAUUUUCAGAAUAUCAACAGGUACCUGGACUCUAACAUGCAAGCAGUGGUGUAUGAAUUAAACUCCAGUGUAGAACAGCGGUUGGACCGUGGCAGUGACAACCGACUACUCAUAUUUGAAUUGUGUAACAUCAUAAAAACAGCUACGAUGGCUGAUGGAUUUUCAUUAUAUUUUGUGGGAGAAUGCAACAGUCAGUCACUGUGCCUGUUUACAUCAGCCGGACUGAAAGACCAACAAAAGAAGCCUAUUGCUGUUGAACCUGCUGGAUUUGGCAUUACAGUAGCAUCAUACGUAGCUAAGUUCAGGAAAACACUGUUAGUACAAGACCUUGCUGAGGAUAGUCGAUUCCCUAAGGGGAUAUCGAUGGACUCAACGUCUCCUAUUCAAUCUGUCCUCUGCUUACCAAUCGUUACUGCCAGCAAUGACUUGUUAGGUGUUUUGGAAUUGUAUCGACAACGUGGCAGAAAUCCCUUUGACAGUGACCAACAGCAGAUUGCCACUGCAAACUUAGCGUGGGCUUCAGUGGCAAUACAUCAAGUUGAGAUUUCCAAAGGUCUUGCCAAACAGAGUGAAAUGAAUGAUUUUCUGCUUGAUGUAUCCAAAACCUAUUUUGAUAAUAUACUGGCAAUAGAUUCCCUACUUGAACACAUCAUGAUAAAUGCAAAAAAUUUGGUGAACGCAGAUCGUUGUGCGUUCUUUCAGGUGGAUCACAGUAACCAGGAGUUAUACUCAGACCUGUUUGAUGUCGGUGAAGAAAAGGAAGGAAGACCAGUUUUCAAGAAAACCAAAGAGAUUAGAUUUUCUAUUGAGAAAGGAAUUGCUGGGCAAGUAGCACGAACAGGAGAGGUUCUUAACAUUCCUGACGCCUAUGCAGAUCCUCGCUUCAACAGAGAAGUAGACCUGUACACUGGGUACACCACACGAAACAUCUUGUGCAUGCCUAUCGUCAGCCGAGGAGUUGUCAUUGGUGUUGUGCAAAUGGUGAACAAAAUGAAUGGAAAUGCCUUUACUGAAGCAGACGAGAACAACUUUAAAAUGUUUGCUGUUUUCUGUGCUUUGGCCUUACACUGUGCAAAUAUGUACCACAGAAUACAACAGUCUGAGUGCAUUUAUCGGGUCACAAUGGAGAAGCUGGCUUAUCAUAGUAUUUGCACGACUGAAGAAUGGCAGGGCCUCAUGAAAUCUGUACUGCCCAAAUCUAUUAGCAGAGAAAUUGAACAGUUCCGCUUUGAUAUCACCCCGUAUGAGGAUCUCUGGCCAACAAUUUUUGUUUAUAUGAUUUACAGCAGCUGUGGAAAAAACAGCUUUGAUAUGGAGAAACUGUGUCGCUUCACUAUGUCAGUAAAGAAAAACUACCGCCGUGUGCCCUACCACAACUGGAAGCAUGCAAUCAAUGUGGCACAUUGCAUGUAUAAUAUCCUGCAAAAGGUUCACGGGACAUUCUCACAACUAGAGCGGAAAGGUCUUCUAGUGGCUUGCUUGUGUCACGACCUAGAUCACAGAGGUUACACGAACAGCUAUCUACAUAAGUUUGAUCACCCACUAGCUGCUUUAUAUUCUACCUCCACAAUGGAGCAGCAUCACUUCUCGCAGACGGUUGCUAUUUUGCAGUUGGAAGGGCAUAAUAUUUUCUCCAGUCUGAAUGCUGAUGAUUAUGAGCAGUUGCUUGAAAUCAUUCGGAAAGCCAUCAUUGCAACUGAUCUUGCACUAUAUUUUGGAAACAGGAAGCAGAUAAGUGACCUGCUACAGGCAGGAGCAUUGGACAUCAACAAUCAAACCCACAGAGACAGAGUGAUUGGUCUAAUGAUGACAGCUUGUGAUCUCUGCUCCGUCACCAAGUUAUGGCCAGUUUGCAGGGCCACAACCGAUGAUAUUUAUGCUGAAUUCUGGGGAGAGGGUGACGACAUGAAAAGAAUGGGAAUUCAACCCAUUCCUAUGAUGGACAGAGAGAAAAAUGAUGAAAUUCCCAGUGGCCAGGUCGUUUUCUUCAAUGGUGUAGCUGUGCCUUGUUACCGUACACUUGCAGAGGUCUUCCCAUCAACCUCUCAACUGCUUAUAUCUUGCAGGGAAAACCUUGCUCAAUGGGAGAAGAUAGCACAAUCAAGUCAAGCCUCACAAGAUAAGGACCAGGCUACUUCCUCAAAGAAUGUUCCUGUAUAAAUUGAGAAUUGAUGGAAUUGGUGCUCUAUAUUGAAUGCUCCACUUUUAAGUGUUUUGAUUCUGAAUUGGGAAGAGAUCUGUUACUGUAGGUAAUACAAUGGCAUUACCUCUUGAGUCCGUGACAAACAUGGCUCCCACUCUAGCUAACAAUACAAGUCAUUUGGAGGAACAGUUUUAAAAAAGCAUCAAAUCUAGCUGCCUUAGCAAUUCUGUUGUGUUUGAAAAUGACUUUUUUUUUAAAGACAGCAUUUGCUCUUUCUUGUAUGCUGUAUUGCUGUGGCCUUAAUAUUUACUCUGAGACAGGCAGGUACCUUCCAUGUUAUUUUACACUUGGUGUAGCAUCUUCAAAUGUUCUGUCUGGGUCUGAUAUCAUUAUCUUUAUCAAAGAUAGUUUAUGUAUUAGUAUAAACGUCAUGAGAAGAUAGAAUUUGACUGCAUUUUAAUAGUUGUGGUCUUGACAGUGACAGAUAUUGUUGAAGUAUUAAAUACUUGAACUGAUGACAACUGAUGGCCGUUGCAAAUUGCAAAAAAUACUAAAAUUUCACUGCCAUCCCGAGAUAAUUGCUACUUUUAAGGGAACAGCAAAAUGUCUGAGGAAAUUCAUAGCCGCAUCUCUGUUGGGGAUGUUAAUAAAGGCAAGUCAUGGAAUGCAAAACUAUUUUGAAAAGCAGGGUGAAGCAAUGGAUUUCACCAGCCCUAUAAUAGACUGCUUAAGGCACUUAUUUUUCCAUCAUGAAUUGGAGCAGUAGUUGUGAUGAACAAAAAUAGGGUGACCCUGGAUUUAAAAAUAUCUGAACGUGAGUUUGGCAAAUAAUUUACAAAAAAAUGCAAGUGAUCAUUUUUUAUAUAUCUGGACAGUUAUUUAUUGGUUUAUCUGUCUCCAAGAAUGUGAUGAUGGCAAGAAAGAACAAUUGAAGAUCUACUUGUCUGCAUUGGUAAUACUUAGACUACAAAUUUGUUAAUAUCUUUUCCCCCUCUUUGUUCUUAAAUGGAUGAAGCAAAUGGAAGUUGAAAUUUACCCAUUCAGUCAUUGAAUGCCGUACUUGUGUUUUCAGCAAACUGUAAUUAUUUAGGGUGUCCCAGUACAGGAAGUACUAACUGAUUCACAUGGAGGCUCUACAGUAAACACUAUACCAUUUAAUUGUGCCACCACAAUUAUUUUUGUAGCUAAAGUAGUUGUAUAAUUGAAUCCCAGCCAGAAGAUCCAAUAUCUGAGUAUGUUUCACCUGAUCCUAGACUUAAGAAACAUAUAAAGCGAGGCAUUGUCUUUGGAAAAGGCAAGUGUGAAACCAUCUGGCUGUCACACCAGGAAGUUCACUUCUCUUAAUAGAUCAAAAGUUAGUAUCUGUGUGACAGUGCCUACGCAAAAGACUUUCUCCAGAAGUGUCUGACUUUUAUGUCUUCUUCAUUCACUUACCCGAGUAUCAUUCAUUGCCAUGGAGCACUUAUAAAUAACAAGACAACAGCACCUCACAAACAGCUACUGAAAUUGAAUAUUAAUUUUGUGCAGUUAAAAAUAUAAAAGUACAACUUAAGUUAACUAGUUGGUUAGAUUGGAGUAAGGUACAAGUAUACGCUCCCUAAGACUUUGUGUUUCUAUGAUGUCUAACACUCCUGAAUAAAUAGGGCCUAGAGAGAGUUUUGCACUCUUCCUCAUCUUACAAUAAUUAUAAGAGAGAAAUUGAAGCUAAUUCACACAUUACACAGACCAUAAGGACAAUCUUUGCAUAAAUAACUUUACAAUUAUUUGUAUCAACACAUUGAUCAUUCCAUCAUUGAUAUGACAAUAUAUAAUACCUGCAAAAUGAAGGAAAUCUUUCAAAUUACAUUGAAUUAUCUGAACUUCAUUUGCAUCCCUCAUAUCCAUUGUGGAAAACCAUACCAUAGAACUGUAAGAUAUGUGAUGGACCUUUGAAAAUACUUCUAAUAUUGCAUUAUAUUGCACUAGUCUAUUCAAGAUUCUAUCAAUAUUAGCUUUAGUUUCUUCUAGAAGUUGUGGAGGAUUUUUUGCACUCUUUGUGUGUGCUUAUUAUAAUGAAUGCUUUGUGUGCAUGUAAUAUGUACAAACAAACUGGAACUUUGUAGCAUAUUACCAAUCACGCCUGCUGCCUAAGCAGCUUCAACAUCACUUGUAAAUACAAGAAAUUGCUGACUGUCUACUUAAGUUUUAUUAUAAAAUGUCAUGUUUCAAUGUAACAAAUGUUAAUAUUUAGGCAACUAUACUGCAAGUGAUAUUGGUUAUGUAUAUUUACAAUAUAACAAGAUGUUACUGUAAAUUAAUUUUUACACUGAAUAUAGUACAUUUGGUUUAAAAAAAAGUCCAAAAUUUUGGAUGGGCUUUUCUAUUAUUAGAGAAGUAAUUCCAGUGUAGAUACAUGUCAAGUAGUUAUGGGAUAUUGUCUGUAAGAGAAAAAAAAAUGAAAAAGAAUGCAAGUGCAAUAAUUUUGA